CAAAAGUCACGUUGAUUAUUUGAUCAAAGGAUCACAAUUUGGCAUCGUCAUUGACACCAUUUUUUAAGCUUUUUUUCUUGCCACUUUUUUUCCUUUUUUCACAUGAGGCUUAUUAUUCAGCAAGAUUCUGAACAAGUAUCUUCGUGGGUUGCGCAUUACAUAAAAGAGCGCAUCAAUCAAUAUCAACCAUCCAAAGACCGACCUUUUGUGCUCGGUUUACCGACAGGCACUUCGGCUUUACGAACCUAUUACCACUUGAUUCAGCUGUAUAAAGCGGGCGAAAUAUCAUUCAAACAUGUGGUCACAUUCAACAUGCACGAGUAUGUCGGCAUUCCAAGAGAUCAAAAGGAAUCGUCCUAUUCUUACAUGUGGGAACGAUUCUUUCAGCAUAUCGAUAUUUCGCCAGAAAACAUCCACUUUUUGGAUGGGAAUGCGGCCGACCUGGACCUGGAAUGCCGUCAAUACGAGGCUAAAAUUGCUUGUGCUGGAGGAAUCGAGUUGUUUCUAGGCAGUAUCGGCUCGGACGGACAUGUCGCAUUUAAUGAACCUGGUUCUUCCUUAACAUCACGGACGCGAGCCAAGACAUUGUCCUUUGAAACCAUCACAGCCAAUGCCCGGUUUUUUGGAAACGAUAUUGCGAAAGUGCCCAAAGUAGCUCUCACAGUAGGGAUUGCAACGGUCAUGGAUGCACGCGAAGUAUGUAUCAUCAUUACAGGAGCUCAUCGAAGUAUUGCCCUGGCCAAAUGUGUGGAAGGAGGUGUCAAUCACAUGUGGUCGAUAUCCGGCAUUCAAAUGCAUCCUAAAGGGUUGAUUGUGUGCGAUGAAGAUGCGACGCUGGAGUUGCAUGUCAAGACAGUGAAGUAUUUCAAAUCCAUCGACCAUGUGCAGCGAUCUUUGAUAGGCAAACAGCAUUUAGGUCUGCAAGGACAGAUUCUUUCAUUUCAAUCCACACCCAGCCAGUCUUCACCGCACGACAUGCAGAGAAAGAUACAGCAGCUUCUGACAAGCGAUGCAUCUGACACGAAAGAUGAAUACGCAUUGUCGGAUGAGAAGACAUCCACUAGUCCCACCAUCAAGAAAAGGCGUCUGGACGACGAAUCUUCGCCUUCGUCUGCAUCGUAAUUUUCCUCACCCCGCCAACGUUUUUCCACGGUUCUUUUCCAUUCGAUCU